AUGGACGAGAUUGACAUAAUAUCGGGGCGUGAAACCCCAAAAGAAAUAGGGCCGCAUCUGGACCUUCUCACCGAAAAAAUUGCUAUCGACUGCGAAAUGAUGCAGUCCAACAUCGGCCAGGUCCUUGGACGCGUUUCUGUCGUCAACUAUGACGGCAAAACCAUAUUUGACAGCUUCAUAUGCUACCCCGAGCCGGUCAACAUCACAAACACUGAUGAACGGCUCAACUGA